AUGUCGUGGCUAUUUCUUCUCCACUAUUCCUUCUUUCUUUUUUCUAUAUGUUCUGUUCAUCAUCUAUCUAUAUACCAUUAUCUAUCUAUCUAUCUAUCUAACAUUAUAUAUCUAUCUAUAUUCAUUAUCUAUCUAUAUUCAUUAUCAAUCCAUCUAUUUCCGUCUGUUCAUUAUUUAUCUAUCUAUAUUCAUUAUCUGUCUAUUUUCUUCAUAUCUAUCUAUCUAUCUAUCUAUCUAUCUAUCUAUCAGUUUCUUCAUAUCUAUCUAUCUAUCUAUCUAUCUAUCUAUCUAUCUAUCAGUUUCUUCAUAUCUAUCUAUCUAUCAGUUUCUUCAUAUCUAUCUAUCUAUCAAUCUAUCUAUCAGUUUCUUCAUAUCUAUCUAUCUAUCUAUCUAUCUAUCUAUCAGUUUCUUCAUAUCUAUCUAUCUAUCAAUCUAUCUAUCAGUUUCUUCAUAUCUAUCUAUCUAUCUAUCUAUCAGUUUUUCAUAUCUAUCUAUCUAUCUAUCUAUCUAUCUAUCAGUUUUUCAUAUCUAUCUAUCUAUCUAUCUAUCAGUUUUUCAUAUCUAUCUAUCUAUCUAUCUAUCUAUCUAUCUAUCUAUCAGUUUUUCAUAUCUAUCUAUCUAUCUAUCUAUCAGUUGUUCAUAUCUAUCUAUCAGUUUUUCAUAUCUAUCUAUCUAGCUAUCUGUUUUUCAUAUCUAUCUAUCUAUUUUUCAUAUCUAUCUAUCUAUAUAUCUAUCUAUCUCUAUUUAUCAAUUUUUCAUAUCUAUCUAUCUAUAUAUCUAUCUAUCUCUAUUUAUCUAUCUAUCAAUUUUUCAUAUCUAUCUAUCUAUCUAUAUAUCUAUCUAUCAGUUUUUCAUAUCUAUCUAUCUAUCUAUCUAUCUAUCUAUCUAUCUAUCUAUCUAUCAUAUAAUCUCUCUGUUUCUUCCUAUCUAUUUAUUUAUCUACUAUCUAUUUCUUUCUAUUUCUAUUCUAUCUAUCUAUCUAUCUAUCUAUCUAUCUAUCUAUCUAUCUUUCUAAUUUUUAUAUCUAUCUAUCUAUUUCUUUAUAUCUAUCUAUCUAUUUAUCUAAUUUUUUAUAUCUAUCUAUUUCUUUAUAUCUAUCUAUCACUUUAUAUCUAUUUCUUUAUAUCUAUCUAUCAGUUUCUUUAUAUCUAUCUAUCUAUUUCUUUAUAUCUAUCUAUCUAUCUAUCACUUUAUAUCUAUUUCUUUAUAUCUAUCUAUCUAUCUAUCUAUCAGUUUCUUUAUAUCUAUCUAUCUAUCACUUUAUAUCUAUUUCUUUAUAUCUACCUAUCAGUUUCUUUAUAUAUAUCUAUCUAUUUCUUUAUAUCUAUCUAUCUAUCUAUCACUUUAUAUCUAUUUCUUUAUAUCUAUCUAUCUAUCAGUUUCUUUAUAUCUAUCUAUCUAUCUAUCUAUCACUUUAUAUCUAUUUCUUUAUAUCUAUCUAUCAGUUUCUUUAUAUCUAUCUAUCUAUUUCUUUAUAUCUAUCUAUCUAUCUAUCUAUCUCUUUAUAUCUAUUUCUUUAUAUCUAUCAGUUUCUUUAUAUCUAUCUAUCUAUCUAUCACUUUAUAUCUAUUUCUUUAUAUCUAUCUAUCAGUUUCUUUAUAUCUAUCUAUCACUUUAUAUCUAUUUCUUUAUAUCUAUCUAUCAGUUUCUUUAUAUCUAUCUAUCUAUCUAUCACUUUAUAUCUAUUUCUUUAUAUCUAUCUAUCAGUUUCUUUAUAUCUAUCUAUCUAUCUAUCUAUCUAUCUAUCUAUCACUUUAUAUCUAUUUCUUUAUAUCUAUCUAUCAGUUUCUUUAUAUCUAUCUAUCUAUCUAUCUAUCUAUCUAUCACUUUAUAUCUAUUUCUUUAUAUCUAUCUAUCAGUUUCUUUAUAUCUAUCUAUCUAUUUCUUUAUAUCUAUCUAUCUAUCUAUCUAUCUAUCUAUCUAUCUAUCACUUUAUAUCUAUUUCUUUAUAUCUAUCUAUCAGUAUCUAUCUAUCUAUCUAUCUAUCACUUUAUAUCUAUUUCUUUAUAUCUAUCUAUCUAUUUCUUUAUAUCUAUCUAUCUAUCUAUCUAUCACUUUAUAUCUAUUUCUUUAUAUCUAUCUAUCAGUUUCUUUAUAUCUAUCUAUCUAUCUCAUUCUCUUCCUAUCUAUCUAUUUAUCUGA